AUGGCUGCCAUUAGAUUACAUAGAAGGGUUUUUAGGGAAAGAAAGGAUUGUUUACCAGUAUACAGUGAUGCUGAACUUGUUGAAAGAUUUAGAUUGGAUUCUGCUGGCAUUCUUUUUAUAGAAAGCAGUAACACUCAGGUUGUUUUUGAUCCAAACUACAGAAUAAUUGAUGUUGUUGCUAAAUGGCCAGGGUCAACACACGAUUCUCGCAUCCUUAAUGAGAGUGGUCUCAAGGUGUUGUUUGAGCAAAAUCAUCUCCCUGUCCAUACUCACUUACUCGGAGACAGUGGUUACCCCUCCAAACGCUGGCUAUUAACUCCGUUUCUGCGACCAAAUCAGGGCUCCCAGACGAAUUACAACAGAGCCCACAAGAAGACGAGAAGUGUGGUGGAGAGAGGGAUAGAGCUGAUCGAGAGGCGAUUUCAUGUCCUGCAUGGUGAGAUCCGCCUUUCACCAGAAAAUGCAUGCCAGGUGAUAUUAGACUGUUCCGUCCUUCACAACAUCUGCAAGGACCGUAUUAUUGCAUGCCCCCUGCCAGGUGAUGAAGAUGGGGAAGAGGAUGAUCAUCAACAGAUUGUAAAUGCCAACAACAACAACUGCAAUCAUGAUGGAACAAGAUACAGAAAACUGUUUGCUGACACUCACUUUUGA